ACCAGCACGGGCGCGAAGUGGCACGCGCGCCGGCGCCUGCUGACGCCCACCUUCCACUUCCGGAUACUGGACCAGUUCCUUCCGGUGUUCAACCGGAACGCGACCGUGCUGGUGAAGAAGCUGGCAGCAGAGGGUGGCCGCAAGGCCUUCGAUGUGGGCCACUACGUGCACCUCUGCACACUGGACACCAUUUGCGAGUCUGCAAUGGGCACGACCGUCAACGCGCAGGAGGACUCCAACUCGGAGUACGUGCAGGCGGUGAAAACGUGA